UUAAAAACGUCAAAUAAGGAAGAAAUUCCAAUUCCAUUACAAAACACCAAAACAAGUCGGUUGUACAGAGGAAGAAGACUAACAGUAGAACAGCAUCAAGAAGGUUGCAAUUCCAAUCCAAAUCCAAUUCCUUUUUGUUCCCAUCCUCUUUUAUUGUCAGUCUGUUUCCGCCCUCUUUUUCUUGGCCGAUUCCCAAACAGAAAACAGAGAGAGAGAGAGAGACGGAGACAGAACAGAGAUGGAGCCGCCAGCAGGGCAGUCGAUAGAGAGGGAUUUAGAAGCAGGGGACGACGCCCAGGACCAAGCCAUCAACGAAUGUUGUUCCUGCUUCUACGACUGCAUUGAGGGCUGCCUGGAUUUCCUGUGCUGCUCUUACCUCUGCAGCAGCUAAUAAUAGAUUCAGGUGUUAUGAAUUUUUUUUUUUUUUUGUUCUGAUGUGCACAGAGAGAGAUAACGUAUUGUACUGGUUUCGGAGACUCCAUCAGUGAGAAAAGCUUCCAUCUUUUUGCCUGCCCCUGUUUUUCAGUAC